UAGGUGAUUGAUAAGGCUGUACCUGCACUUGUUGACCUUGCGGAGAUUACAACUCUGGGUGAUCACAAGAAGCUUGGAGAUUCCAUUGUUAAUGUUCUUGAGGAAUGUGUCCAGUCACAAGGGACAGGACGCAACUCUUUCAAUAACCGAACGAAGGAAUUGAUUGAGGAACUGUUGAAUUCCAGACAGAGAUUGAAAUGGGAAAAGAAUAUGCCUAAAGAGGAUCUCCAUAUUAAACAGGCAGCAGCUCUAGUGGUCAAGCUUGAAGGAAAUUCAUUAUUUUCAUCAGGAAAUAUAUCUGGAGCUGCAUCAAAGUACUCAGAAGCGUUGGCAUUGUGUCCAAUGAGAUCCAAAAAGGAGAGAGUUGUUCUUUACAGUAAUCGAGCACAGUGUCAUCUUCUGUUGCAACAGCCCUUGGCAGCUAUUAGUGAUGCUACUCGUGCACUUUGUCUUCACAACCCACUGAACCGUCAUGCCAAAAGUCUUUGGAGAAGAGCACAGGCUUAUGACAUGCUUGGGCUUGCAAAAGAGAGUUUGUUAGAUGCCAUUCUGUUCAUAAACGAGUGCUCUCAGUCAAAUGAUCCUGAUCUCUCGUUGAGGCAAAAUAAGGUUCCUGACUAUGCGGAACGAUUGGUUAAAAAGCAGAUGCGUGCAGCUUGGUUAUUUAGAGAGGCAGCUAUCAAACAUGGGGGUGUCCACUGUGAGGGUGAUGCUGGUGACAUCUAUGGCCGAGAGACCGAUGAUUCCGAAUGGGAGACAGCAAGUGAGAGCGAUAUAGGAAAUGAUGGAAGAGAUGAAAUGGGCAAUGAUGAUGAUGAUGAUGAGGAUGAUGAUGAUAGUGAAUGGAAGAAAGAUGAUAGUGAAUGGAAGAAUGAUGAUCGUGAAUGGAAGAAUGAUGAUGAGAGGAAAGAGAAAUAUGAUAAGUCUUCAAUGAAAGACCUAAAGCAUGGAUACAAUGUGCAGCUUGCGGAAGAUGAGCCAUGAAUUUGGACGUGGUGAUCACCAAUCAAACGUGAGCACAAUGCAGCGACAGCAACAGAAUGGAAACUUGGACGAAGCUUUGAUUGACGUGAUUUCAUUUUCAGGAUCACCUAGCCUUACAGAGGUUUCAACAGCAAUUUUCAUCACCUGUCUUGAAAGAAUGCCGAAAAAGGAAACAUAUUCUGGUCAAUUUGUGUCAAAUAUUUAAGGUUGUUAUGUGCUUAUUUUAAAUGUUACUCUCAAUUUUUUUUGUGUGUAAAAUUUCAAGUGUAGAAAAGAUAAGGUUUUGAAGUCUAGAGAGAAAGUUGAGUUUAGAAAGUGUGGAGCUUUGAGUGAUUUAAGAGGGUUGUGUAUAUAAAACUUCAGGGGUUUUUGUUUUGACUUUUGAACUACCAUUCAUCAGCAUUUGAAUGGCAAUUGUGAUUUUCUUCUGCUACCUCUUUAUCCUACACCAUUUUGAGUUAA